AUGGACCGCCGGGACAGGAUGGAGCCGCCCAGCAGGAAGUGUGACCCGGCCCUCACACACGGGGCCUAUUGUCAGAGCAUCCAUUACAGAGCUGACAUCACAGUCUGUGCAAGGAGGGAAGAGGACUGGACACCAGUGAAGUGGAACAGAGAGGAGCGCCUUAGCAACAUCAAAAUGAGCGCCGACCCCGGAAAGUUUGUUCUGCUUCUGCUCGUUGUGGCUGUUUUUCCUCCGGCUUCUUCGUCCACCAUGCAAGUGGGUCUGAGUGAGAAAGUCCUGGUCUUCCCCUAUGAGACGGACUUCAGCUUCGUGGGCCUGAUCCCCCAGAGGGAGAUGGCUCUCCGGGCGUUCACGCUCUGCAUGCGCGUGGCCACCGAGCUGCCCGAGGAGCGGCAGGUCAUCCUGUUCGCCUACCGCACCGCCGACUACGACGAGCUCAACGUCUGGCGCGAGAAGGACGGCCGCAUCUCCUUCUACAUGAGCGGCGACGGCGCCUUCUUCCACCUGCCCGCCCUGGGCACCUUCCGCACCAGCCUCUGCCUCACCUGGGAGUCCCGCACGGGCCUGGCCGCCUUCUGGGUGGACGGGAAGCGCAGCACGUACCAGGUCUACAAGCCGGGCCACAGCAUCCGGCCCAACGGCACCGUGCUGCUGGGGCAGGACCCGGACAAACACCUGGGGGGCCUGGAGGCCCUGCAGAGCUUCGUGGGAGAGCUGACCGACCUGAACAUGUGGGACUACGUGCUCUCCAGGAGCAUGAUCCAGGCCUGGCACUACGGGCACAAGGUGCCCAAGGGAAACAUCUUCGACUGGUCCACCAUGGAGUUUGAGCUGCACGGGAACGUGAUGGUGGUGGACGACGACUGA